AUGGACGGUGGCGCCGGAGUGGGCGGCGUCGCUUCCCUCGCGAUGGACUGCGAGGACAUGUUCAAGGAGAUCACCAAAAAACUAUACGGCGAGGAGGCUAGCGUUAACGUGGGCAUCGGUGGGGGGGUCGGCGUCGGCGGCGUUGUCGGUGUCGAAUUCCCGGCCGCCGAGCGCGAGCUGCACGAGGACGAGCUGCGGCCCGAGGAGCACAUCACGGCGUGGGGCCUCGCCGCACUCAUGCAAAACGGGUUCCCGCCGCCCGGCAUUCUACAAGCCAACUUCACGCCGCGCACGGACCCCACAGCUGAGGACCGCUGGAGCGUGGCCGACGAGCCGCUGGCGUGGGCGCACUCGCGCGUCGCGGCCUACAACCCAGCGCAGAGGCUGUUCAAGUGCGCCGAGUGCGAGUGCGUGGGCUUCCUGGCGCGCGUAGCCGAGCACUGGCUGGGCACGCACUCACACGCGCGCGCCUUCUCGUGCCCGCUGGCCGGCUGCGGCUUCGCCAGCGGCUGGGCGCGCUCGGUGCGCCUGCACUUGGCGCGCGACCACCAUUCCGACCCGGCCGCCGCCGACCAUCUGCUGCGGGACAACCCCGCGCUGGAUGACCUCACGCGCUACCUGCAGCGCCUCAAGACCAAGGUGGAAGCCGCUCGGACAGACAGAAGAAACUCGGCCAACACGAGCGUCGGCGUCGGCGUCGGCGGAGGCGGCGGCGGAGGCGCAGUCGACCAGCCGCAACAGAGCGAGGCGGCCGGUGUCGCGGGAGUCGCGGCGGCUGCGGGAGUGGGCGUCGCGGAGGCCGGCAAGCGCUACGCGUGCGCCGCCUGUCCCUACGCCACCGACCGACGCGACCUUUUUACCCGCCACGAGAACAUCCACCGGGACGAAAAACCCUUUCACUGCUACUUGUGCCAGAAGCAAUUCAAUCGCGCCGACCACGUCAAGAAGCACUUCCUGCGAAUGCACCGCGACCAGCCCUACGACCUCAACCGCAUCCGCCGCGCCGCGUCGGCCGGGAAGCCUGCGCCCGGCCUGGCUCCGCACUACGCGCCGCCCAAGGGCCCCUCCGACGGCGCGGCGGAGUGUCGAGCGCCGCCGCCAGUCAAGCUCGAGCGGGCGCCGCUCGUCAAGGCGGAGGGCGCAAAGGGGGCCGCGCCCCCGCCCAGCCCGGUGAGACGCAAGGGCGAGCGCCGCUACGCGUGCUGCUACUGCGCGUGGUCGGGCGUGGACAACUGGUGCCUGAAGCGCCACCUCAAUACGCACCUCAAGCCGUUCGCAUGCGCACUCUGCGAGUACAAGGCGGCGCGGGCUGAGCGCCUCGCCACGCACGUGCACAAGGUGCACAACAAGAAGGCCUGCGCCAAGUGCCCCUUCCUCGCGGACGACGCACCUCACCUCGCCGCGCACCUCCGAGACCAGCAUCACAUCGAGAACCGUAACCUGAAAGUGCCGAGCGGCGUCGGGCGCGGCGGUUUCGCAAACGCGUCGCAGCAAGUCGGCAGCGUUGCGGCCGCAGCUCCGUCGGCGGGGUCAUCCGCGGGCAGCGCGGUCGCCGGCGUUGCGACGGCGAGGCGUCGCGAAGGACGCGCGGCGGGCGCGGCGCGCCUUUUCGGCUACCUCGAGGCGUCGGACGGUUCCGGCGACGAAUACGAGCCGCCGCCGGCGCCCCCGCUGCAGACGACAACCGACUUUCCGACCCCCGGCGCGCCUCCACCUCAACACUACGCAAGGGACAAGGAGAACGCCGCUCCUCAACCCCUGCACCACGCUCUGCACCAUGAGCACUGCCUGAGAUACUGA